GAGCGCCUGCACAGGGAUGGCGGCCGUUUUAGAGUCGCUGCUGCGCGAAGAGGUGCCGGUCGCAGCCGCCGUGCGGUGGAUCGCGCGCAGCACCCCGAGUUCGGAGGAUAGCUCCGAGGUGGCCGCUCUGAGCGCACUUCGGCCUCUGCGGAAGGAAUUCGUGCCGUUCCUGCUGAACUUCCUGAGGGAGCAGAGCAGCCGGGUCCUCCCGCAGGGCCCCUCAACCCCCGCCAAGACCCCAGUCGCCUCGGCAGCCUUGCCAGCGAGGCAGGGGGCCCCGGCACGGGGUGGCCGUGGGGCGCGCAGCCAGCUUUUCCCUGCAGCCGAGCCCCUCAGCGCCGCCGCCGAGGCACCUCUGGCCCGCCGUGCGGGCCGCAGGCGGGGUCCGGGACCGGGGCCGUCCCGCGAACGAGGCGGUCGGGGCUCCGGGGCCGCGGAGGAGGGGGCGAGUGGCGAGAGCCCGCCUUGGGCCGGAGGCCGGAAGCCUAAGGGCUCAGGCAGCCCUGGCAGCCCCAGACUGUCGCUCUCUGAUCCGCCAAACCUCAGCAACUUGGAGGAGUUCCCUCCCGUAGGCACCGUUCCUCCGGGCUCUGCAGGCAGAACGAAGCCUUCUCGAAGGAUCAACCCAACUCCGGUGAGCGAAGAGCGGUCACUGUCCAAGCCCAAGACCUGCUUCACCUCACCCCCAAUCAGCUGUGUCCCCAGUUCCCAACCCUCAACCCUGGACACUAGCCCUUGGGGCCUUGGCCUUCCCCCAGGGUGCAGAAGUCUGCAAGAGGAGCGGGAGAUGCUCAGGAAGGCGCGCACCAAGCAACUCCAGCAGUCACCUACCCCAGCCUCUCCCAUCCCAGAAUCGGGGUCUCCGGUUCCCAGCAGGACAGGAAACCUCACCGCAGAGCCUGCCGACCCGGCCAGAGUGUCUUCUCGACAGCGCCUGGAGCUGGUAGCCCUUAUCUACUCCUCCUGCAUUGCUGAGAACCUAGUACCAAACCUUUUCUUGGAGCUUUUCUUCGUCCUUCAGCUCCUUACUGCUCGGAGAAUGGUGGCCACCAAGGACAGUGACCUGGAAUCAAGUCAGGGUGCCCUAGAUUCCCUGGACACUCCCCUGUUUCGUAGCAUCCAUGAUUGCGUCUUCUUUGCAGUGCAAGUUUUGGAGCAUCAGUUUCAGGUUCUCUCCUACCUGGAUAAAGGGACCUUAAAGCUGCUGGCUGAGAAUGAGCGGCUGCUGUGCUUCUCACCUGCUCUGCAGGGCCGCCUUCGGGCUGCUUAUGAAGGCAGUGUUGCCAAGGUCUCCCUCGUGAUACCACCCUCUGCUCAGGCUGUCUCCUUCCAGCCAGAAACUGACAAUCGUGCCAACUUCUCCAGUGAUCGAGCCUUUCAUACUUUUAAAAAACAGAGGGAUGUGUUCUAUGAGGUACUUCGAGAGUGGGAAGAUCAUCACGAGGAACCCAGCUGGGAUUUUGAGAAGGGCUUGGGUAGCAGGAUCAGAGCCAUGAUGGGUCAACUUUCAGCAGCCUGCAGCCACAGCCACUUUGUCCGCCUUUUCCAAAAACAGCUUCUCCAGAUGUGUCAGAGCCCUGGCGGUGCUGGGGGAUCUGUUCUGGGUGAAGCUCCAGAUGUAUUGAAUAUGCUAGGAGCUGACAAACUAGGACGGUUGCGGCAGCUCCAAGAACGGCUGAUAGCCCCUCAGAGCAGUGGAGGGCCCUGCCCACCCCCCACAUUCCCAGGCUGUCAAGGCUUCUUCAGGGAUUUCAUCAUGAGUGCCAGCAGCUUCCAUUUUAAUCAGCACCUCAUGGAUAGUUUAAGUUUAAAGAUUCGGGAGCUCAAUGGCCUUCGCCUGCCUCAGCACGAGCCUGGUGAUGAAGAUGGGGAGUCAGACAUGGACUGGCAGGGUGAACGGAGGCAAUUUGCUGUAGUGCUUCUUAGUCUUAGACUUUUGGCUAAAUUUCUGGGCUUUGUGGCUUUCCUGCCAUACCGGGGACAUGAACCACCCCCGACCCGUGAGCUUCAGGACUCUAUUCUGGCCCUCAGGAGCCAGGUCCCUCCUGUUCUGGAUAUACGGGCUUUGCUGCAGCAGGGAUUGUGGGCCCGUCGGGCAGUGCUCACUGUGCCCUGGCUGGUAGAAUUCCUCUCUUUUGCUGACCACAUUGUCCCCUUGCUGGACUAUUACCGGAGUGUCUUUACUCUCCUGCUGCGCUUACAUCGGAGUUUGGUCUUAUCAAAGGAGAAUGAAGGAGAGAUGUGCUUCCUGAAUAAGCUGCUGCUGCUUGCUGUCCUGGGCUGGCUUUUCCAGAUACCUACAGUUCCUGAGGACUUAUUCUUUCUAGAAGAUGGUCAGGUAGAUGCCUUUGAGGUGACUACAACUGCUUCAGAGCAUGGUUUGGACAGUGUACCUGUUGUGGACCAGCAGCUGUUAUAUACCUGUUGCCCCUACAUUGGAGAGCUCCGGAAACUGCUUGCUUCCUGGGUUUCAGGAAGCAGUGGGCGGAGUGGAGGCUUUGUGAGGAAAAUCACUCCCACUACCACCAGCAGCCUGGGAGCCCUGCCUCUCCAGACCAGCCAGGGGCUGCAGGCUCAACUUGCUGAGGCCUUUUUCCACAACCAGCCACCCUCCCUGCGCAGGACUGUAGAAUUUGUGGCAGAAAGAAUUGGAUCAAACUGUGUCAAACACAUCAAGGCGACACUGGUAGCAGAUUUGGUGCAUCAAGCAGAGUCACUUCUUCAGGAGCAGCUGGUGGCACGGGGACAGGAAGGGGGAGAUCCAGCACAGCUUUUGGAAUCCUUGUGUUCUCAACUCUGCCCCCAUGGGGCCCAAGCAUUGACCCAGGGGCGGGAGUUCUGCCAAAGGAAGAGCCCCACCGCUGUGCGAGCACUGUUACCAGAGGAGACCCCAGCUGCUGUUCUAAGCAGUGCAGAGAACAUUGCUGUGGGGCUUGCGACAGAGAAAGCCUGCUCUUGGUUGUCAGCCAACAUCACAGCGCUGAUUAGAAGGGAAGUGAAAGCAGCCGUGAGUCGCAUGCUACGAGCCCAGGGUCCUGAGCCAACUGCCCGGGUGGAGCGGAGGGGCUGCUCCCGAGCCUGUGAGCACCAUGCUCCCCUCCCCUCCCACCUCAUCUCCGAGAUAAAAUUUCAUCACUGCUCUCUACAGGAUGUGCUCUCCCUGGCGGCCGGGCCUCGGGACCCUGAGGAGGGAGUUUCCCCAGAGCAUCUGGAACAGCUUCUAAACCAGAUGGGCCAGUCACUGCGAUGCCGCCAGUUCCUGUGCCCAACUGCUGAGCAGCAUCUGGCCAAGUGCUCUGUAGAGUUGGCUUCCCUUCUAGUUGCAGACCAGAUCCCCAUCUUAGGGCCCCCAACACAGCACAGGCUGGAGCGAGGACACGCUCGGAGGCUUCUACAUAUGCUGCUUUCCUUGUGGAAGGAUGACUUCCAGGGGCCAGUUCCAUUACAGCUUCUACUUAGCCCAAGAAAUGUAGGGCUUCUGGCAGAUACUAGGCCAAGAGAGUGGGAUCUGCUGUUGUUCUUACUCCGGGAGCUGGUAGAAAAGGAUCUCAUGGGACAUCUGGAGAUAGAAGCCUGCUUAGGCCGCCUUAAUGAGGCCCAGUGGCCAGGGGACUUCUCAGAAGAAUUGUCAACACUGUUUCGCUUGUUCCUAGCUGAGCCCCAUCUGCUAGAACCCCAGCUAAGAGCUUGUGAACUUAUGCAACCAAACCGAGGGACAGUACUGGCCCAAAGCUAGGGCUAGGAAGCAGCCCUCUUGGGCAUGUCACCAGAACCUGCCUCCUGUGCCUCAGGAGGAGCCUCAAGACCCCACUGCACGCCUUGUUGGGGCAAGAGUGUCCAGGUGUGUAACCGGGCUUGCUGCUCCUAAGUGAAGGAAGUGUGUUGCUUCAAGCAUCCAGACACCGGCCCGCCUCAACACCUGAGAUCUAGAGGAAGGAGAACCUGAUUCAGAGUCACAGUGGAAAAGCCCAGAGACUCCGAUCUUGGAACAGAAGGGCUGGCGUUUUUAAUCCAGCUAAAAGAAAUGCGUGUGCUGAUCAAUGUAUUUCGAGCCUCAAGUUGCUAUCCCAGCAUCUCUUAAAACUGUGGUUCUGAGAAAUCUUAAUAGGCAAAGAACUUCUGCUUGUGAGAAAGUUGACAAACAUGGAUUUGGAAGUCUACCUUUUCUUGUGUCCAGAAGCUGGACUAUCACCCUUAUCCCCAAAUAUUGACAGCCAAUAAGGUAGGACUCGCCUAAGUGAAACUUGGUCUUCUAUGGACCGUCACCUCUUUGCAGGGAACUAGUCAGACCAAGCCUGAUGUAGAAAAUCUAAGGGGCUUGGGCUUUUUUAAAAUAAAACUUUUAACAAGGUUGUGAUGGCUGUUCUCCCUGCUUUCAUCCCCUUUCUGAAAGUGGGCUUUGUGCACUGCAGUAAGCGAGCUGCUUUGCUUCUUCAUGAUGUUUGCGUCUGUCACGCUGAGAGCCAGUCUUAGAGACACAGUCUGCUAUGAACUAGCAUCAUCCACUAUCCAUGUACUCCCUGCUGUCUAUGCUGACCCACAUGGCAGGUGGCUGUGGUGGUAUUUGUAUUGUAGGCCCUGGGAUGUCUGAUUUACCUCAGAACUUCCUUCUGACCAAAAGCAGCCUUCUGGGUUAUAGUUAGCAAGACCUCAUUUCUAUAAAUGAGGUGAUUUUUAAAUUUUUUAUUAUACUCAGUGUGACUGCACUCAAGUGCUAUAGCACACUUCUGGAAGUUGAAGAACAACUUGUUGGGAGUCAGUUCUUUCACCAUGUGGAUCCCAGGGCUCAAAUUCAGGUCAUUUGGGCUUAGCCCUAAGCUAUUUUGACAGCCCCUGUAACCAGCUGAUUUUAAGGGUUUUUGUUUUCCUUUUCAAGACAUGGUUUCUCUUUGUAGCUCUGGCUGUCCUAGAACUCACUCUGUAGACCAGGAUUGCCUUAGACUCAUAGAGAUCUGCCUGCCUCUACCUCCCAAGUUCUGGGGUUAAAGGCAUGUGCCACCAUGUGCCCAAAGAUAGUAUUUUGAUAAUGUGCUUUAUCCCUGACAACUGUUGUUUGUUUUGGAGGUAAGACUCAGACUUUAGUGGAAGUAUCAGAGGUGCUCAAUGGUAACUCGAAGUCAACUGCAAAAUCUUAGGGGAAAACUUUGCAGCUGGCAAAAAGGGUUUUGACCUAAGUUAAGCUUCUCUAAACUUACACCCCAGUGCUACUAACCCUCUGGUGUGUGCCUCUUCUUCCUUAACUCCUUUUCCAAGUCUAGGAUAGGGCCUCACACAUGUUAAUGGCAAACUGCUGGUUUCUGUCAGUACUGGUUAUCAAACCUAGGUAGGGCCUCACAUGUGAGGCAAGUGCUCCAAGCACAGUGGAUAGUCAUGGUUUUUCUCUUUCUUUGCCUAGAAGUAUCAGAAAGCUGAGUCCUGGUAAAGGUGAGCAGCAGGCCAAAAGCCUGAAGCUCAGAAAACUGUUCUGACUGAAGGACUCAGCCAUGAAGCGAGCCUGUCUUAAGGUGCACUUAGAACAGCUUGCUCCAACAACUGAUUGUAAAGGCAGGCAGGUAACUCAAGUAGAGAACUAGUUAUUCUCCAUUCUGUACCAAGUACUCUUUUUUUUUUUUUUUUUUUUUUUAAUAAUAUUUGUAUUGUAGGGACUGGAAUGGCUGAUUGAUUUACCUCAGAACUUCUUUCUUACCAAAAGCAGCCUCUGGGUAAUAGUGGUAUUUGUAUUGUGUGUUUUGCGGACCACUGGCCUCGAGGCACCUGGGACUUUCUACAGAGCUCUCCAUGCCUGGACAGGAACAGACCCAGCCUCGGUGAUACCUAUACUCUCUAGGAUCAGUGCAGGCCCACAAAUAUGGAAAUGCAUGGUGGUCAACCAUCUUAAUAUAUAAUGGCAUAGUGUUAUAACUACAUUUAUCCUUUUAUACACAUUCUUGGGUUUUCCUUUUUUCCCCUUCUGUAUCCUUUAAUAUGUUAUCCAGAAAUGAUUUAAUUAAUGUAACUAUAUGUAAAUAAUUAUGACAAGAAACUUUGCUUGAAUAUCUUUUGAUCUAUGGUUAAAUGUACAGAUGUGGAAGAUGAAGCUCUAGAGAGUUGACUGUGUGCUUCAGAUUGCUGACUCGGGUCUCAGGAGGGGCCGUUCACCCUGUGCUGUCAGAUUCCUACAGUAGCUGAGCUCAUACACUAGCCGAUGAAUGUAGAAUCUCAACCCUGAACUGUAAACACUGCCAUUAUCACCUUCAAUGGCACAUUCUAUUUGUUUACUGUUUUUCGAGACAGGUUUCUCCGUGUUGCCCUGGCUACCUAGGAACUCACUGUGUAGACCUGGUUGGCCUCAAACUUAGAAAUCUGCCUGCCUCUGCCUCCUGAGUGCCGAUUAAAUGUGUGUGU